UUUAUCAAUUAUUUUCUUCCAUUCUCUAUUCCUGGUGACACUAACUGAAAUACUAUUCAGAGAAUAAGAGAAGAAAAGAAGCAAAAAUGGCAGCAACAAUGUCCACUGUUGUAGGCUUAGUUAGUUCAUCUCUUUCUUCUCCAAAGAAGGCUUGCCUCAGCUCAGGCUUCUUGAAAUCACCAGUGACAGCAAGAAACCCUUUAAGGGUAGCACAAGCUUCAGGAGGCAAAUUUACAUGUUUUGAAAGAGAUUGGCUGAGGAGAGACCUGAAUGUGAUUGGAUUUGGUUUGAUUGGAUGGCUGGCUCCUUCUAGCAUUCCAGUAAUCAAUGGCAAGAGUUUGAGUGGCCUUUUCUUUGAUAGCAUUGGCACUGAACUCUCUCAUUUCCCCACUGGACCUGCUCUCACUUCUCAGUUCUGGCUAUGGUUGGUGUGCUGGCACUUGGGCUUGUUCAUCUGCCUAACUUUUGGACAAAUUGGAUUCAAGGGACGGACUGAGGACUAUUUCUCAAAGUAGAAUAUUCCCUUCUGAAAAUUUGUGUAUAAAAAAGAAAUACGCUAUUUCAGAUCCUUAGUAUUGGUAUUUUCCCUUCAUUUCAGCAUGUUAUGAGCGUGAAAUACCUUCUACUUUGCAAGUUUUUUUCAAUUUUUGCGCUUAUUGCUCCAACUAUAA